CACUCAUUCGACUCACACAACCUACGUCCACACGCACGCGACAUCCACUUCCCCGCCGCAUCACAUCACCCACCAUCCGCUUGAAACGCGCCGGCCUCAUCACCUAUUCCUCGACCAUCGGCUUACUCCCUUCUCCGCUCCGCAUCGCCAACCCGUCCUGCAAACACAAUCCCAAACCGCUGACCGUUCGAACGCUGCGGUACGCAUAAACAACACCACCCAUGGAAUUAUUCGAGAAGCCCGCCCGCACCCCUUGAACGCUGUCUAUUAUCCACCAUCCACUACCCCGUUCCCCGGGCACGCGAAGCUCGCUUUGCUUCAGCCAGGCUCCCCCGGCCGCCUAUACCUUCCUUUGCUCCUAGCCCUCGAUCCGGCCGACGACGUCAGUACCUGCCGACAUCAUGUCUCAGGAACCCCAAGAAGCCAUGGACGUCGAUGAACGCGUCGCCUCUGACCACGGCGAUGACGAGGAACAAGUCUCGCGCUCUGAGGAAUUGAGCGAUGGCGAGUCAGAGCCACCGGCAGACCUCAUGGUCACAACGCGCGCCAGGAGGACAAAUGCGGGAAACCGCAUGGCGACCCUCUUGGCCACGACGGCCGCAGAGGAAGAGGAAUGGGGUGAAGAGUGGGAGGAAGCUGCGAAUGAAGAAGAGUUUGUGGGAGAUGAUAACAACGAUCAGGCCGAUUUCAACCUCGAGUCGUCUUCAUCCGAGGACGAGGACGACGGAGAUGAUGACGACGCCGGCGAGAAAGAACUGCAGAAGGCCGAGCGACAAGAGCGCAUCAAGAAGCGCAAACCCGCGGCCAAUCCCUUCGCUGCCCGCCUUGCCGCCACCGCUCGCAAGAGAGUCAAGCUCGACGUCCCCAGCGAAGAUGCCCAAUCCGCACUCCCUCCACGACCCAAGAAGAAAUCAGAACGGGCGUCAUGGAUACCCACGGACGAGGACGGCCCUAUCCGCACGUCUUCGCGUCGAUUGACCAUGGCGAACAAGGAGCACACAAUGGCUAAGCUCAAGGCCAAAGACAGGCGCCGUGACGACACACUGGCGAUGAUGAAGGCCGCAGAGGCACGCAAGUCGAAAGACGAGCCGAAGACAAUGUCGCAAGCGGAGCGGCUCGCAGAGGCUGCCAGGGUUGAAAGGGUCAAUAGCAAGAGCUUGCAUAGGUGGGAGGAGGCAGAGGAGCAGAGGGCAGCCGAGAGACAGGCCAAGAUUGACGCGCUUAAGAACCGUCAACUUGAUGGGCCCUUCAUUCGAUUUUACAGCGGGCCCGCCAUAUGGGUGGACGACAAGCUCAAGUACACCGGAAAGAAUGCUCCAAAGAUCGAGGAUUUGACCGAAAAGUACAACAAAGAGGUCCCGCCUACACCGGAUGGCCAGGAGGUCAAUGAAUCGAAAUUGGAUGCAGCUCAAGGGCCAGAAACAGAGGGUCCGCACCCAAUGAGCGGUGUUCAGGAGCAUCCCUUAACGCAAUCAUCGCCAGCAGCCCCGGCCUCUGCGGCUCAAUUGGGGGAACAUGCGCCAACUGACCACACUACCACGACACAGGCACCCCUACCAACGGAGCCACAUUCUCAACCGCAACCACAACCACAGUCCCAGGCUCAAUCAGGGCCACAACCGCCACAGCAGAACACAGCAGAGAUACACGUUGCACCACCACAACAGACACAUGCUGUUGCAUCGGAGUCAAUAUCGCAGCCUCCUCUUGACGGAUCGGAGACGAGAUCGCAACUUCCGACUCCGUCUCUGUCACAACCCCAAUCACAAUCCCAACCAGCUCAGGCAUCACAGGAACCGCAGCAGUCGGGGAAGACUGAUUCGCAGUCUCAAGCAACACUAUCCUCCCAGCCAUCAGAUAACACUCAGCAAACCGUGCCUAUCAAACAUGAUGAGCAGCCGGUUGAGUCUCCUGCGGUGCCUAAUCCUGGCCCAACCAUGUCUACACCCCAAGACAAUUCAACGUCGUUCCUCUCGGGCAUAGAGCAGUAUGUUUCGGAGCAGCACGACUCUCACCGGCCCUCCGAACCUUCUCCAGCGCUCAAUACGUCUCCGCAACAAAGUGGAGUACAACAUGACCAACACUUGCAGGGGCCACAACAGCAACCUUCACUGCAGAACGGCCUCACCCAGGACUCGUCUCAGUCGGGUCAGGCUACGCCCUCGACUCCGCAAGUCCCCCAGAACCCGUUCACCCAACUCCCAAUGGGAACACAUACCUCUCUCCCUGCAAAUCCCUUCGCCUCUCAUCCACCCUUCGCACUCCCAGACCUCCCAUUUCUUUUCGUAGGAUCCGAUACCCAGCCCCCGGGCACUCACCUUCAGCAACCUCAACCCGAAAAUCCUAUGCUUCCCCCGCCACCGCCACCACCACCUCGCCGCAGAGUCAUCCGUCGUGCCCUCCGCAACCUCCUCACCCUGUCCUCAUUCCCCAACCUCGACUCACCAUCAAUAUCCCACAUUCCCCGCUCCAUCCGCGCGACCACCAGUUUAGCCAAGGAAAAGGACCGCGUGGCACUGGCGCAGCUCUCCGCUACCCUCUUCAAUUGGUCUCAAUCCGAAGUGAAUGCAUACUUGACGACACUGCUGAACGCACCCAAGAACAAAAAGGAGCGCGAGGCCCUCGCCGCAAAAUCCAAGAAGGAACUCUGCACCGUCACCAACCUCGAAGCCAGGUUCCGCGACCCAGAGACCGGGAUAGCAUACAGGGACAAGAAGGCCUACGGAAUCCUGAAGGGCGUCGUCAGCGGCGGCUUCAUCUGGUGCGGCGGCCUGGGAUGUUACGUAGGCGGGCGCCCUGCUCCUCCACCUUCAACAACUACAGACGGCCUGGAAAUGGCCAACACGAAGAAGUUCUAUGGCAAGGGCAUGGAACCCGUCAAGGGUGUUCCCAAGAGGUUCCUCCAGAUGGCGGGUUUCCCCACGGAGGCAUCGCCGCCAAAGAAAGCGUCCGAGCCUAUUCAAGAGGGCAAGAAGGAAGGUGUCUCCGAAUCCGCAGCAAAGGGUGGGGAAGUAAGUACCAAGCCCACGGCCACGGCCACGGCCACCACUGCUGGAAGUCAUAGACCUGCCGAGGCGCCGGGUGUUGUUAAAGUCGAGCGCACAGCUACGACAUGAGGAUGUUUGGUAUAUGUAUAAAUAGCAAUCAAAUACUACUUACUGUGCACACAUUGUUACGAAUGAAAUGUAGUAUCAACUACUCUCUGGUCUAUAUACUUGUUGUAGUAUCACACACGUAUCGG